AUGAUGCAGCAGAUCCUGCAGGACCUGUUCAUAGAGCCGGACCUGCUGGCAGAGCUGAACGACGAGCAGAAACAGAUCCUGUUCUAUAAGAUUCGUGAGGAACAGGUUCGCCGCUGGAAUGAGCGCGAGAGCCGAGAUCCCAGCCCAGCCAUGCGCAAGAAGAGUGGUGGAAAAGGCAUCCAAUGGCUGUUGGGCUCAGAUGGGGAGGUGUGGGUGUGGGUUAUGGGGGAGGCUCCAGGAGACAAACCCUUUGAGGACAUUGUGGAGGAACUGAUGGAGGAGAGAGCCAGGAAACAAGCCCAGAGAGAAGCUCAGGAGCUAAGGCGUGUGAAGGAGGCAGAGAUUGAGAAGAAGUUUCGAGAUGCCAUGGCGAAGGAGAAGGCUCGAUUUGUGGCAGAGAAAUGGCGAGAGGAGACAGAUGACAGAAAAGCAACCAAACAGGAAGAGGAGGAGGAACACCGCAUUCGAGAGGAGCUGAAGAAAUGUGAAGAGGAGGAGAGACAGAAGGGUGAGGAGGAAAUCCGACAGACAGAGGAGAGGAGAGCAAAGGAGCUGUAUAUCUCUCUGAAGCAGGAGGAGAGGAGGAGUGAGAGAGAUGACAAAGAAUGGCAGGAGCAAUUGCGACGCUCCAAGGCGGCGGAUGAGGAGAUGAAAAGUAAAGCCAGGCGGGCUCGGGAUGAGUACAAACGCCAGUCCCUGCGUGCCAUUGAGAAGGGCCUAGUGGCUGGUCUCAGCGGAUUGUUCCAGAAAACUCACCUGAACGGCUCAGGUCAAAACCGCAGACAUAUCACAAAUCUCGAGCACUCAGGCCAGCCCUCUGAAGCAAGCCAGCCAAUCGCCGUGGUUCCUGCCACACCAAACUCCGCCCACUACCGCCGGAGACAAAACCGUCGUCAUAGCAGCCCUGCCACACAGGCUCUGUCGGAGAGUUCCACGUGGCUACGCCCCCCCAGGCCCAACUCACGUGACUCCAUCCUGAGAUGGUUUAAGGAGGAGCAGAGACCCAGGAGGGCAGGGUAUGAGAGAAACAGUGACACCAUCGCCCCGUGGUUCCACGGGAUCAUCUCACGGCAGGAGUCGGAGUCUUUGCUGAUGAACGCAUCUGAAGGCUCGUUCCUGGUGCGCGUGAGUGAGCGAAUUUGGGGUUACACCCUGUCCUACCGUAGCGCGACCGGCUUUAAGCAUUUCCUCAUCGAUGCGUCAGGAGAUUACUACGGCUUCCUCGGAGUCGACCAGAACCGCCACGCGACCUUGGCAGAUCUCAUCGACUUCCACAAGGAAGAAGUGAUCACUACGUCUGGGGGAGAGCUCCUGCAGGACCCCUGCAGACCACGGAGUUCAACACAGGAUUAUGGAGGUCUUUUCCUCUGA